AUGCCCUCGUCAUUACCAUCAACCGAGCCACUCGACAAAGGCACUGUAGGCCUGACCGGAGCCGAAGAAACGCUUCUCAUCACACUCUACCACCGCGCCAAAGAUGCCGAGUCUCCAGACCCCGUUCUCAAUGACCGGUACGCCCUGGAGGCUGUCGCUCGUAUACGCGCGCUUGGCUACGACUUCUCGCGCACCGAUGCCGGCCGUGCGAAUAGCGCCGUCACCGUGGCCACGCGAGCCCGCAUCAUCGAUAUUUGCACCGAGAGGUUUCUGGAGCGGCACCCCGGACCGUUGACGGUGCUGCAUCUGGCUUGUGGCAUGGACUCGCGCUGCCGUCGGAUUGAUUGGCAAGCCGAAGGUCGACUGUGGAUCGACGUCGACACCGAGGAUGCCGUCAAGAUGCGUCGCCGAAUCCUCCAAAGCCCAAGCCCACGCGCAGGGGAGUAUCGGCUGUUGGAUCUCAACAUACUUUCCGAAGGAUGGCUAGACCGCUGCGACAUUCCCUCGGGACCGCCGGUACUGGUCGUCUUCGAAGGGUUGACCAUGUAUCUUACCGAGCAGCAGAAUCUCUUCCUUGUUAGUAGCAUCGUCAACCACUUCCAGAAGCGCCAUGUGCCAGGGCAGAUGGUCUUUGACGCCGUGGGCUCUGUGCUGUACUUCCUUAUCAAUACGGUUUUCAGGAAACAGCUAGAGCUGAUGGGUACGCGCUUUUCUUCCUAUUUAGAUCAUCCCAGGUCACUGGAGGAGAAAGUCCCCGGGUUGAUUUAUCGAACACGUGUGGCUCGAUUGGCCGACGUCGGGAUACGCGAGGGAGCGAAAGGCCGUCUCAUCCGCUGCCUUUUGUGGGUCCUCGAUAUCUUCAACGUGGCCGAACGGUUUGGCGGUAAUUACGUGUUUGAGUUCUAG